GCCGCGCAGCUGCAGCCCCGCUCCCGCCCGCGGCGCGCCGAGACCCCAGCCCGCGGCCGUGGCAGGCCUCAUCAGCAGUUUCUUGAUGUUUGGAAAGUUCUGAGACUCACCCUGUUGGACUACUUGUAACCAGUGCCUAAGACUACAAAAACAUAUGUGUGAAAGAACCUUUCCUUGAAGGAAGUGUCCAUCACAAUACUGUGGAAACUCCGUGCAGGCCUUGCAAGGCAGGAGAGCAGUUUGUGCUUCCGUUGACGCUUGUGCAUAAUCUCUGCUUCUUAUGCACUCCAGCACCCCUAUCAGUUCCUUGUUCUCCUUCACCAGCCCUGCAGUGAAAAGGCUGCUGGGCUGGAAACAAGGAGAUGAAGAAGAAAAGUGGGCAGAAAAAGCUGUUGAUUCCUUGGUGAAGAAGUUAAAGAAGAAGAAAGGAGCCAUGGAAGAACUGGAGAGGGCUCUGAGCUGCCCGGGUCAGCCCAGUAAAUGCGUCACGAUCCCACGUUCCUUGGAUGGGCGGCUGCAGGUGUCUCACCGCAAGGGGCUUCCCCACGUCAUAUAUUGCAGAGUGUGGCGCUGGCCUGAUUUACAAUCUCACCAUGAGUUGAAACCAUUGGAAUGUUGUGAGUUCCCUUUUGGCUCAAAACAGAAAGAAGUGUGCAUCAACCCCUACCAUUACCGGCGGGUGGAAACCCCAGUUCUACCUCCUGUACUCGUUCCAAGACACAGCGAGUUUAACCCUCACCUCAGCCUCCUUGCCAAGUUUCGAAACACUUCUCUGCACAGCGAGCCACUGAUGCCGCACAAUGCCACCUAUCCCGAUUCUUUCCAGCAUCCUCCAUGCACCCCUUUCCCAUCAUCCCCCAGCCACAUGUUCUCCCAGUCACCUAACAGCAUCAGCUACCCCAACUCACCAGAAAGCUCUUCUGGACCAGGAAGUCCCUAUCAGCUCACAGUGGAAACUCCACCUCCGCCCUAUCAUGCAAGAGAACCUCCAGGAAUCCACAAUGGACGGUCAAUGGAUGCAAUAGCUGAAAGUCAACUAGUGCUGUCUUUGCCCACUGGAGGUAAAUCUGCCGAUGGAGAAGCUGAAAACUUUCGGCCUGUUUGUUAUGAGGAGCCCCAACACUGGUGCUCAGUUGCCUACUAUGAACUCAACAACCGGGUAGGAGAGACUUUCCAGGCUUCCUCACGAAGUAUCCUUAUAGAUGGAUUUACAGAUCCUUCAAAUAACAAAAACAGGUUCUGCCUGGGUCUGCUCUCAAAUGUAAACCGCAAUUCUACUAUAGAAAACACCAGGAGACACAUAGGAAAAGGUGUUCAUCUUUACUACGUCGGUGGGGAGGUUUAUGCCGAAUGUGUCAGUGACAGCAGUAUUUUUGUGCAAAGCCGCAACUGUAACUACCAGCAUGGUUUUCACCCAGCCACUGUCUGCAAGAUCCCCAGUGGCUGCAGCCUGAAGAUCUUCAACAACCAGCUCUUUGCCCAGCUGCUUGCCCAGUCAGUCAAUCAUGGUUUUGAAGUGGUGUAUGAGCUGACCAAGAUGUGUACUAUUCGAAUGAGCUUUGUUAAAGGCUGGGGAGCAGAGUAUCAUCGCCAAGAUGUUACAAGCACGCCCUGCUGGAUUGAGAUCCACCUGCAUGGACCAUUGCAAUGGCUGGAUAAGGUGCUGACACAGAUGGGCUCACCUCACAACCCCAUCUCCUCAGUCUCUUAAGAUUCAUCUCUAGAAUUCCCUUAGGAUGGAUGCUAUUGCAGGCAGUGGCUUAUAGAAUUCCCAUGAACAGAAGCUUCUAUAUGUAGAUGUAUGUAGAUGUAAAUAUAUCUAUACAUAGUCUACUCUUUUUUUUUUUUUUUUUUGUUUUGUUUUGUGGUUUCUAGUUACUCUGAUGCCAGUACAAUAAGUUUAGAAAUUCAGGUAUAGCAUAUCUGUUCUCUAGUACAAAAUAAGCCAAAUUCCUGUAAAAGUGUCAAACAUUUCCUGUGAGCAUCUUCAUUCCCCAGCCAAGCCAGUAAAUGGUGCAAAUUCCCAGCACUUUCACAUGGGUUCAGAAACCUGGCUAUAGCUGUUCCUAGUAGGUGAAAUUCACCCCUCUGCAGGCAACCAGAGUCAGAUCUCUGUGCCAUUUGUAUUCAUCUUACAUCCUGAUUUCAAGUCCAGAAGAGGACCUGAGGUGGUGCACAGGACUUAGGCACAGAGAUGACUUUUAUCCAGUGAUCUGAAGGACUAAACUGCAACUCCAGUCUGUCUCCCUACUGCAAAGCACGAUGGGACAACAAAUCCUCUGAGGAGCUGAGGCACACCCAUCUCUCCUGGGAUUUGUCAGGAGGAGAGAGCCCUCGGGACGUGUUCAGCACAGGACCCUUAUCAGAGCAUUCUGGACAACCUGAGUAGUCUGAUACUGUUCACACAGUAGGGUACGGUACUGCUGCACUGAAAAGCAACAAACUCCUAAGAAAAAAAUAAUAAUUGAAAUAUCUGCCUAUGAGUUAAAAAAACUAAUUAACUUCCAGUGCUUUUUUGCAAAGUACAUACAUACUUGCAUAUGUAUCUGGCAUGUAAACUGAAUCCUAUCCCUUCUACAGUAUUGAUGUAGUUUGUUUUAAAGUUAGGACUGUCUGUAUUUAGACUGCUGUGCUGAUAUCAAGGGUACACCAAAAAGGGACUUGAACUGUGAUUCAGAAAAGGGAAAUUAGGUGUGCAUUGAAGAAGCAAAUAAUUACUUUAUCAUUCAUCUUGGGAACAGAAAACCCCACACUCAAAGGAUGCCUAAGGCAUCACAAUGAGAAGGAGAUGGGAGACAGCCAUGUCCAUCCCCUGUGCUGGGCCAGUCCUUGGGAUGUGACUGCAUUGCUUGGGUCUGACUGAGAGGGCUUCCCUGCCAGUCACUCCAUACAUCCCCAUGGAUGGUUUCUCAUCUUAGAUACAGGCUUCAUCAUUUGCUGAGCUUUUGCCUUGCCUGCAAAGGAUGGUGAGGCACUGCAAGCCACGAACAAGUGAAAAGUGAAUCUAUGUGCAGAACCUUGUUCUUCAAGGUUACCGUUCCUUCUGUAAGCAGGGAAAUCUAUUGUCCAUACUCUAAUCCCAUCCUUGCAAAAUGCUGUUCACUUGGAAACUUUUUCUGAGGAGACAGGUGAAACUCUUACUACAUUUUGAUGGUCUUUCCUUUUGUUGAAAGAGUCAAGUAUUAUUUCUUUCCAGGCAUAACAGUCCACUGAAAAUUGUUUUUAUUUAAGGGUUAGAAAGAGUGAUAACUUCUCCAAUCUCAUUCCUCCAUAGAAAUCAGCAGAAGUAUCAUGAGGGAAAAAAAAAUGUUUUUCAGGAUAUUUCUUCUCACACAGUAUCUGGUGCUACACAUUUUGCUGCAUAAUUAGAAGAGGACACCUGAAAUUUUCAGCUCUAGAACAUAUGCAAAAGGAAAUAACAUUCACUGGAAAGACAGUGAGUAAACUAACAGUGUUACUUCAUUUGAAUGCAUCUUCAGCCACCUACAGAAUCAGCAGGGCACAGAAGGAUAAAUUAUUGUUAAGUUUGAGCAGUAAUAGCAAGUUGUAUAGGAAAUUUGUAAGUGCGAUUCUGUCACCAUUUGACAUCAGCAGUGUCACUGUGAGAUAGGAAAACCUUUACAGUCUCUUGAAGCAAUGAAAUCCAAAAAUAAUAAUAAUAUACAGAAAUUCCAGGUGUGCCAUUUACUGUUUAGCAGACUUCAGAGACAUCAGUUUGGAAAAAUGCAUUUUCCUCAGCUUCCUCUGUCAUCAGUGAUCAGGUACUGGUAAAAUAUUUUUUAGCAUGCUUAUUGCUCCUCUUCUCCAGCUGCACCUUUGCUCGAUGAUGAGCACCUUUUGAUUUUGCUCAUUCCUUUUUUUUCUUAGCAGCUAAGGACAGGGGAAAUCACCUCUCCUGUCCAGGAUCUAGCUCUGUCCCUUCCUUGCCUUUUAGGCUGAAACCUCCUUCCCUUCUAAAAUAGAGAGAAGCCCAGGAGUUCCUUUUAGACAUUCCCAGCAUUGUCAUCUUCCUCACAGAGAGCAAAAAGAGAUGUUCUGAGGUGCAUCUGCUCUUGGGCAGCUCCAGAACUCAGUUUUCUGUCCAUUCAGCAGAGGAAAAUUGGAUGGCCAGUGAAGAGAAGCAGCUUCUUCUGGGGCAUUAUUUGUUUCAUCACAAGGUAUUUCAAAUAGGUGAAAUACACUGUGCUCUGAGCAUGCUUGUGUCUUCCCACUGAGUGUAAGGGGAACUCAGGGUCACUAGCUCAAAUGCAGACUGCUACAGGGGAUGUAUCCGAAAAUAGAUGAGGGGAACCCUAAUGAAGAUGUGGUGACUUUCCCAGCCUAGUAACGAUGCUUUCUCAGUUUGUUUUGUUUAAAUGGAAAGUGGUCAAUUCAGAGCAGUUUUUCCUUUCCUUUAUGUCUAAGUUUACAGUAAUCACUUUUUAAAUAGGAUUUGGCUUCCAUGCAGUCCAUACAUGUAUCACAUUUAAGGUAGUCACCUUAAUACUGUCUUACUAGUAGGAAAAGAGGCAUUUCUGGAGAACGAUUCCUCUGACACAUUUAAAACAUCUGUAUUAGGAUGAGAUGAAUUUCAGCAAAUUUAACUAUUUGCUGAAAAUUGGAUCAAAGCACUCAAUUCUGGGCAAUUCUGGCAACAGCCAUCUCAGUUUUUAGCCUUUGGGAAGGCUGAUACCACUGUGUCAGUUGUUUCCUAUUUUGGUGGUUUCUGGGGGCUUAGCUCACUGUGUAAGAUGCUGUGCAAGCGACACAGAAGCUGACAGCUCUUCCCCAAAGCCCACAGUACAUGGGAGAAGUGGUACCAGUGGAUGAGGCAAACAAGUAAAUAAGAUGACUCCUGCCCAGAUGCAGAGAUGAAAAGUAAGGCUAAUAAACCAUUUAUUUCUCUUUCUUUUUGAACAAAGUUUCUUUUACAAGCUUCUCUAGUAUACAUGAAUGGAAAUUUGGUAAAAAUUCAGGUUUCUUACAAUUUACAGCAAUUUGUAAUCUCUUUGUAUCUCUAAUGUCUCCCUACUUUGGAAGGAGAUAAUUUCUGCUGAAAUGUUUUCAUGAACCUUUAAAAGCAGUAGUCAAUUUAAGGUCUUUAAAUGUACUACUCAUUAAUACUUAAGCUUUGGAGAUAGUCUUCCUGAGAGAUUUAAAACCACUUACAGGGAGACUACUUAGUUGAAGGCAGAUUUUUAAAAUGUCUUUUUUUGAGUCAUCAACACUUCAUAGCCUCUUAGAAGUUUCUGUGGAGGAGUACCAUGCAUCAGCAAGCAGCAAUGGGAGUCUGAUGAGGCAGAGGCAUAAAGCACAUUCAGCAUGGUACGUAGACCACUUGUUUUCCUAUUAAACAGUCAAGAGAAGAUGACUUUAGUUGCUGCCAGCUCUUCAGCAGCACCGGUAUUAAUGUGCCAUUCGCACCCAGAGGUGACAGGAGCAAAUCUCGAACCCUGACUGCCUGGAGCCAUUCCAUGGCAGUGCUGCUUGGGUGGCUCAGUCCCAUCCCCUUGCCCUGGAAAAGCUGCCCAGGUACGGCACAGCAGUGGCUGUAGCAUUCAGAGGUGCAGCACGUGCUUUCCCUCCCCGUCAGCAGCUACGCCACCAACGCCUUUGCUCCUCAUCAGAACGCUUUGCUGAGCUCACUCUGACAGAUAAUGUAUCAGAAACAUUAAGGGGAACUGUGGCCCGAAGUAACAUCACCUGGAGCUGAGGAAAUCUCUUCCAUGUCUCCAGCAGGUACUGUGUUAAGACUUUCACUAUCCUGAGCAGCCUUCUCCAAGCAGUCCCCGUCCUGAGCAGGGCGUCAGACUUGAUUCCACACUGAGAUCCCUUCCAGUAUACAUUAUCCUUUGGGUCUCUGUGGAGAUUCAGUGAUAAGUGGUUGCCACGGGAAGAAGCUCUCUGUUAGCAGCAGUUUCAGGAUGAAACGUUUCUCUUUAGCUAUUUCGCAUUAAUGUUCCCUCAGCAUAAAAUCAACACUCCAAACAUCUCUCGCUGUAAACAUCAUCUUCACCACACCCCUCUUAAAAUGCAGAAAACAAGGCAUUUGUGACUGUAACCUUAUCUAAUCUGGCCUUGUUCUUCCUGGUUUAGAACACCCACCUUUGUCUAUCAGCUCUACAAAUCAAUCUCACCAGUGACUAAGGAGUUGCACAAACAGCUGGAUUUACAGAGGCAGCUCAAGCAGAGACUGUUUGCUUCUUGACUGAAUGGAAACAAUUUAUAAAGAAGCCUGAUCAAAAUUAGGAACUUUGAAGGGGUCUCAAGUAUAAGACUAAUUUUCUUGGAUCAAGACUGCUCUGGUGAAACUGUAACUUUUAGGAAUACUUUAGCACUACAUGGUGUUCAGCAAUGGAAAGAAACAUUACAUCCUCUGCACUAUUUGCCUCUUUCCUUGGCUCCCCAUAACCUAACUUAGUACAGCCAAAAUCAAACACAAAAAAAAAGAUUGAGUCAUAAGGUAGAGUAAUUAAAUACCAUUUUUCAAAGUUGAGAAGUGCUGCCCAAAAUGUAGAUUAAUAUCACCGGAAGGCCAUGUAGUUACAGGACAAGGCGGUAAUGGCUUUAACUGAAAGAAGGUAGUUUUAGUUAAGAUAUUUGGCAGAAAUUCUUUACUGUGAGGGUGGGGAGAUACUGGCACAGGAAAAGCUGUCCCAGAGAAGUUGUGGGUGCCCCAUCCCCAGAAGUGUUCAAGGUUGGAUGGGUCUUUGAGUAACCUGGUCUUGAGGACAGUGUCCCUGCCGACUUCAGGUGAGGGAAGCCAAGUAGACAAUCAAUGUGACCGGUAAGCAAGCUUCGUUUAUUAGCAAUACAAAGGCACUUAUAUAGUGUGAAAGUAUACAUGCUUAUCAGUUCUUUAAUUAGUUUAAACUUACAAAGGCGCAUUCUUACUUCUACAUAAUUGGGUUAGAUAAAAGACUACAUUUGGCAAGCUUUAUGUUUUGUCUUGAGAGAUCAAAGUUUUUCCUCCCUUCUCAUGGUCAGCACAUCUUUAUCAGAACAGCACUGUACCUCCUAAAAACUCCCUUUUUGUUCCCAGGCCUGUUUCUCACACAGACAUUUCUCAUGGAGGCUUUUUCUCAUGCAAGCCUUUACUUGCAGGCUCUUGCUUGUACAGUUCUGUUAUUAAUUUGUUCCCUUUAUCAAUAAUCUAUGUCCCUGAUCCUCUAAUCAUUCUGCAACAUGUCCCUGCCCACAGCAGGAGUUUGAGACUUGAUGAUCUUUAAAGGUCACUUCCAACCCAAAGUAUUUGAUGAUGAUGAUGAUGUCCCAGGUGCUUGCCAAGCCAAAGGCAAGACUUCCCUGCUCUGGAGAAACCUGGAGGUUUCUUGACUGUUACUUGAACAUCUGAACCCAAGCCCUUCUGAGUGAGUGGAGACCCCACUGAAGGGGCUGAGAAAAUUUUUAUAGAGGAUUUACAGUUCAUGGGUGUUUCAGUAGCCAGAAAUGCACUGAGAUGAUUAAGAGACUGAGGAGGAUGGAGCCUACAACCAGAUAAGCUCAGUGGUUAUUGCUGGAGGUAUCAAGGCAGUACAUGCUCGGGCAGCCACUGUGUUCACUAGAGCUUUUUACAUUCACAUCUGAACUAAUCAUUAAGACCUGUUUUAGGAACAGCUUGAAGUACCACAAUCCUUUCUCGGGUUCUUCCUGUACACCCAGCCUGGGAGAGAGAGUGUGCCAGCUUCCUGAUUAGGCCAUUUGAUGUAUUGGGGCAAAUGGUGUCCCAUGUGAUCCAGAGAGUAAGCUCUGAUUGGAUCUGGAAAAGACACUUGGAAGAUUACCCUCUGCCUUGCUGCAAGACUAAUGAGGAGCUCAGCUUUGGGGCAACUGUUCAAGGACACUAUAAGCACAUCCAGUGUAUGUUCCUCAAAGAAAGAUGCAAUCUGAACAGAAACUGCACAACUGAAAGACAUGGACUAUAUACAGAGAGAGCAUCUACCUGGGAAUUGUGAUAAACCAGCUCAUUUCAAGAUAAAGGGGGCAAUUGCAGUACCCAAAGGAAAAUAGUCAGCAUGAACCUUCCUGAGGACUCCUGACUAUGAAGUCACAUUUUUAACAGUACAUAAGGAUGGACAAGUGUGCUUCACAAAGACCAACUAAGAGGUCAAGUUACCAUGAAAAAAGAGCUUGAGAGAGUUGGUCCCAUCUUGCAGCAGGGAGAAAGAUUCUAUGAGACUUUAGAUCUGUGAAUAAAAAACUUUUCAACCUGGAAGCUUCAUUGCAGCCACUGAAACAGGGCUUGUUCCUCACAGCAGCUCCAGGAGUACCUUUCUGGAAGAUAUAGGAAGCCUGAGUCAGUAUUUAGUCUUUGUUCAGCUGAGAGAAAUCACUUUGUGUCUCUAGUGCAGACAGAUGCUUCUGCAUGUUGGGGACCAGCACAGAACAUAGCCUUUGGUUUGCACCCAUCAUCUACCCAUAGGAAGCUCCAGAAGAGCCAGGAACAGCCAGAAUUCUGUUACAUGUUCACCCCAGGGCUUUCCAGACACCUUGCCCAGGCGUGCCUUACAUUACAUUGCCAUACUGAUGCCACACUUCCCUGCCAGGGAGAUGAGGCACAUGAGAAUCCUAGCAAGAGGACACCUCCACUUGUACCUGGGCCAUGCUUGCAAACUUGGUGCCUGUACAGAUAAGAAAUCUAAUUUGCAGGCCAUGUCUCUUACACAAGGUAGGCAUAACCACUAUGUCCUCCAGAGUCAGCUACUCUUCCAUUACAGUCAAUGUGAACAUUUGCAGCUAAUUGUGAACACAUUUUAGAUCUCCAGUCAUAGUGUUUUUAUUAUCCAUGGAUGCUGCUAUUUUAUAUUCUGUGAUAGUAUUCAAAUAAUAUUGCAUAUGAAUAGCAUAGGGUGAAAUAGACCAACCAGUUAAUAAUUUUAAAUACAGACCUCAUCAGCAAAGAAAAGCUAGAAAAAACUUGGUAAAAUCUGAUCCCUUGCACUUUCACAGUAGUGAGCGAGCACAUCAUAUUUCAAAGUGGUUUAUUUGAUGCUAAAGUGUGUGUUGUCUUAUUAAUUCACAGUUAUGUUCAUGCGAAGCUUUGCAAACAAGACAGCAAGGGAACAAACAUAAUGAUGAGCAGAGAUAAUGCACAUUCAGAUAAAAUUUCUUCACUUACUCAAGCAAUUGGAGUUUUUAAUUAUUUAUAAUACUUUUAAAAUACAAGUUAAAUGUACCACAGCCUGCUUUCUGCAGAUAAGUCAGUGUUAGCAAUUUAAACCUUCAUUUCAUAUCACCUCUGUGAUAUAAAUGGGGUUGAGAAGUAAGACAAGAAAGUGAAGAAACAGACUUUUUUGUGUGGAUCAAUGAAGCCAUAAAGUUGCAAAGCUCUAUGAAAGGGGCUAAAAUGGUGGAUUUGAGCAAGGUGUGUUAACUAUGGGGUUGUGUUAACUAUGAGCUAUCAGUCUGGUGAGAAAAGCACUGUGAGUCAUCCAUAACAGAGUCACUUAUGUCUAUGAAUAAUUCUGCCCUCUGUUUUCCAUCAGAAGCAAAGCAAAACAUCUGCACUAUCCAAGUAUUACUCAAGGUUUGUGAUAUUCUGUAAACCAGCGUAGGUUGCUGUAUAAAGAACAAUACUUGGGCUCUUGCCUCUCGAGAAUGAAAAAUCUCAGACAUAGCUUCAGGAGUGCGAGAGAUCUGGGCAGCUCUGGGUCCUGCAACCAGCCCCAGAGUACUCUAUUCCAUGCUGUGUCAUACCAAGAAGGAUACAUACCAACUGCUAACCAAGGGGACAUUUUCACAAGCAUUCCUCCUGCUGCAUUUGAUUUGAGGCAUUCUGAAGACAACACAUUUAGUCUGAACAAUACACUUUUUAACGCACUCCACUUCCUUUGGCUGGAAUUAUUCUAUUGUAAAAGGGAUUAUUCACGUCUUGUGUUUUACUGUUAAUAAAGACAUUUCUGUUUUAA